GGAGCGGUGGAUGGGACAAAGUCAACGCCACGUCGCAUAAGAAAAGAUUAACAAAAUUGCUACGCACUCGCAACUCUUAACUGACAAGAAAAUCCUCACACAACCUUCUCUCUCUCGCCGGCUCUCUCUCUCUCUCUGUGUAGACAGUAUAUAAAAGGAGGAGACUGAUAGUUAUUGACGAGCAGAGACAACCGAUAUGGGAGGCGAUACGCUCACUCCUCGCUCUUCCUCUCCUGAGGAAGAAUCCUGGCUUCUCGAUCAAGAUGUUUCGCAAUCAUCAUCAUCCCUUCAUCUCCCUUAUCAUCCCAGGAAGCAGGAAGUUGAAACAGUGAAUGAAGAAUGUGGGUUUCGCUUUGGAGGAUUUGAGGAGGAGGUGGGUCGUAGAAAUAUUUCUACGAAUUCUUUAGAACUUGAAAUCAAUCAGAGGAACAGAUGCAAGGCUUUCAAGGAAGUCUUGCAGAGUUAUGAUCAGUUGCAGAGUAGAACCGAGAGCUUGAAGGAAGCUAAGAGCAAAAUCUUGAGUUAUAGACCUGGAGAAUGGAUUGACAAGGCAGGUAGCAUGAACUUGAGCGACUAUAACGUGCCAAAAACAACAACACUCUUACUGGUUGGUUCCAAGGGAUCUGGAAAAAGCAGUCUAGUUAAUAGAAUAUCAAAGGUAUUCGAUGAUGACAAGUUUGCACCUGAAAGAGCACAAGUAUCAUCCUUGUCUCUGAGUGCAGAUAAUUAUUCUGCUGGAGAAGGGACCUAUUUUCUUCGGGAAUACAUGAUCCCUAGAGGUUCAAGUUCUAUCUGCAUUUAUGACACCCGCAGUUUGUCUGAUGACUCCUCUGAUAACAUUGCAAUGCUAAAAAAUUGGAUCACAAAAGGUGUCCGUCAUGGAGAACUUCUUAUCAGGCCAUCAGACAAUUCAAGUUUAAGGACCAGAAUGAAAUGCAAAGUGCGUAAAAAUGGUAGUCAGUCCAAAGAGGCCAAGAUGGUUAACUUUGUAAUCUUUGUCGUUAAUGGGAUUGCAGUUUUGAAAUCCAUGGACAGUGAAGAUGAAGGCAAAAAGUAUACCCAGAUGAUUGCCACAACUUUCAACUGCCCAUACUUGUCUUUUAAAGAUGAUAAGCCUGUUGUUGUUAUCACUCACGGUGAUCUACUUUCACUUUCUGACCGUGCGCGUGUCCGCGUCCAGUUGGGAGAGCUGCUAGGCAUUCCACCAGCGAAACAAAUUUUUGACAUUCCAGAAAGCUGUGAUCCAGUCACUGAAUUGACAAUAAUUGACAUGCUGCGCUAUUCCCUUGAGCAUGCUGAUAAAAACCUUCCUCACAGGCACUGGCUAGCAGAAAAGGUUUGUAGAUGUAGAGCAUCUCUAUCGCCAUACAUAUAUGUGCUUAUAAUCCUCGGGAUUGCCAUUAUAUCAAUCACCAUAAAACAUAUGCACAUUCGCCAUGCUUCAAAAUCAAAACCUCACGUAGAUUGGCAUGCUAUUAGGCACCUUUGGUUAGACUAGAAUUGAAUGUAGAUUCCUUUAUUGGUUGCUUCGCUUCUGUAUAUAACCAACUUCAUAGACGAAAGUGCAAGCAUGUAUUAUAUUUUACUGAACAGAUACUGCUGAACUUGUUCAAAGCUACAACAUUGAACAUGUGUGGAACUAUAUUUUGUUUAUAGUUAUUAUUUCUGUGGGAAA